CCCAAAGUGCUGGGAUUACAGGCACGAGCCACUGCACCUGGCCUAUUUGGGCAUUUUAAAAGGGCUUUUUCCCAAGUGUCACCUGUGCAGCCAAGUCCCUGCUUUCUUGGGAAGUGGGGGAAGGGUAAGCAGCUGUAAACACUGCACCUCAUUAUUCUGAACUCUCAGCACUUAAGGCUCCAGCUGCGAUUUGGAGCCCAGAGACAGGGACUGUGUCCCAUGUGCCAAGGCCGGAAUCGGGGCUCCCAAACAUGCCGCGGUGUCCUCCGGAGGAAAGGGAAGUUGAUGGUGCUCCGUUCACUGCUGGGGUCCUGCCGGUGAGGGCAGUGGGCAGGGCGGCUGGACAUGCGGAUAUGGGUGGUAGGCUGUGACUCAGCCCUCGGGGUGAGAGAUGGAGAGAGCUAGAGAAAGGGCAUGGGGGAGGGGAGCCCUGCAGAUGUGGGGACACCUGAGCCCUCCGACACAGAGUGAACAGAAUGUCUGCAGUCCUCACCCCUGGCCUGUUCCUCCCCCUCCCAGAGCCCCUCCCGGCCUCUCUACAUAAAGCCAGGCAGGCUGGGCCUCAGGUCAGGCCUAUGGCCAUGGCCUUCACAGACCUGCUGGAUGCUCUGGGCGGCAUAGGCCGCUUCCAGCUCAUCCACACGGCCCUGCUGCUGCUGCCCUGCGGCCUGCUGGCCUGCCACAACUUCCUGCAGAACUUCACGGCCGCCGUCCCCCCCCACCACUGCCAGGGCCCUGCCAACCACACUGAGGCCUCCACCAACGACUCGGGGGCCUGGCUGAGGGCCACCAUACCCCUGGACCAGCUUGGGGCCCCUGAGCCCUGCCGGCGCUUCACCAAGCCUCAGUGGGCCCUGCUGAGCCCCAACUCCUCCGUCCCGGGCGCGGCCACGGAGGGCUGCAAGGACGGCUGGGUCUAUAACCGCAGUGUUUUCCCGUCCACCAUCGUGAUGGAGUGGGAUCUGGUGUGUGAGGCCCGCACUCUGCGAGACCUGGCGCAGUCGGUCUACAUGGCCGGGGUGCUGGUGGGGGCUGCCGUGUUUGGCAGCCUGGCAGACAGGUUUGGGGGGCCCUCCCGGACUCCACCCCACACUCUGGAGUGUAGAUGGCUCCCUGUGCCCUGUGCUACACGCCUCAGGCCCUCAUCACACCGUGUCAUGAUAUAUCCUGGUCUUUCUACAUGUGAGCUUUUGUCUUAUCCAGAGUGUCUUGUCACCAGCCCUCAACUCAGGCCUGUCACUGUUGUGGAGUGGAUGCCCACCCGGGGCCGGACUGUGGUGGGUAUCUUCUUGGGGUAUUCCUUCACCCUGGGCCAGCUCAUCCUGGCUGGGGCAGCCUACCUGAUUCGCCCCUGGCGGUGCCUGCAGUUUGCCGUCUCUGCUCCUUUCCUGAUCUUUUUCCUCUAUUCUUGGUGGCUUCCAGAGUCAUCCCGCUGGCUCCUCCUGCAUGGCAAGUCCCAGUUAGCUGUACAGAAUCUGCAGAAGGUGGCUGCAAUGAACGGGAGGAAGGAGGAAGGGGAAAGGCUGACCAAGGAGGCGGUGAGCUCCUAUAUCCAAAGCGAGUUUGCAAGUGUCCGCACCUCCAACUCAAUCUUGGACCUCUUCCGAACCCCGGCCAUCCGCAAGGUCACAUGCUGUCUCAUGGUGAUUUGGUUCUCCAACUCUGUGGCUUACUAUGGCCUGGCUAUGGACCUGCAGAAGUUUGGGCUCAGCCUAUACCUGGUGCAGGCCCUGUUUGGAAUCAUCGACAUCCCGGCCAUGCUGGUGGCCACCACCACCAUGAUUUACGUGGGCCGCAGGGCCACGGUGGCCUCCUUCCUCAUCCUGGCCGGGCUCAUGGUGGUCGCCAACAUGUUUGUGCCAGAAGGCAUGCAGAUCCUGCGCACAGCCCAGGCAGCGCUGGGGAAAGGCUGCCUGGCCAGCUCCUUCAUCUGUGUGUACCUGUUUACCAGCGAGCUGUACCCCACGGAGAUCAGGCAGAUGGGGAUGGGCUUUGCCUCGGUCCACGCCCGCCUCGGGGGCCUGGCGGCACCCCUGGUUACCACACUUGGGGAGUACAGCACCAUCCUGCCACCUGUGAUCUUUGGGGCCACCGCAGUCCUGGCUGGGCUGGCCGUCUGCUUCCUGACUGAGACCCGCAAUGCACACCUGGUGGAGACCAUCGUGGCCAUGGAGAGGAGGGUCAAAGAAGGCUCUUCCAAGAAACAUGUAGAAGAGAAGAGUGAAGAAAUUUCUCUUCAGCAGCUGAGAGCAUCUCCCCUCAAAGAAACCGUCUAAGCUGCCUGGAACCUGGUGCUUGCUAGCAGCACCUGAGCCGAUGUCCAGACGGCCCCCUGGGGGCUUCUCCCAGGAGCCCCUGGGGACACUGGUGCUGAGCUGGAGGAAAGGUCACUGAAAACAUCAUGGCUCCUAUAGACAGCCACCCACAAGCCAGGGCUGCUUGGAGGGAAAUCCCACCAGAAACAGCCAAUCUGCGUUAGAAAUGCAUAAAAAGCCAGGAGAAGCCAGUCCCAGGGACCAAAGGAGAGACUGUUUUCCUUUCCCAUCCCCAAUCUGCCCCUUAAAAUGUCUCUGUAUUAGUCCAUUCUUGCACUCCUAUAAAGAACUACCUGAGACUGGGUCAUUUAUGAGGAAAAGAGGUUUAAUUGACUCACAGUUCUGCAGAUUGUACAGGAAGCAUGGCUGGGAGGCCUCAGGAAAAUUACAAUCAUUGCAGAAGGCAAAGGGGAAGCAAGCACGUCUUCACAUGGCUGGCAGGAGAGAGAGAAAGUGAAGGGGAAGGUGCCGCACACUUUACAACAGCCAGAUCUUGUGAGAACUCUUUAUCACGAGACAGCACUAGGGGGGUGGUGCUAAACCACUGGAAACCACCCCCAGUAUCCAAGCACCUCGCACUAGGCCCCACCUCCAACACUGGGGAUUACAAUUCAACGUGAGAUUUGGGUGAGGACACAGAGCCAAAUCAUAUCACUGUUUAUUCUUGUUCUACCUGAGAAUGCUGUGUCUUUGCAGGGUUAGGGUGAUAUCUCUGCCAAAGGGUUGUCCCUGGAAUAGCCCCACUUAUCUUUGAGAAACGUGGAGAACUCAUUCUAUUCCACUCGCCUGGAAAGAGUGAAUACUCUUCUGCUUAUAGGAUUAAAGCUCUUUCCCCUGU